UAUUUAAUGCAACCUUGACCUUAUUUUGCCGCCAUGGAUGAAACCAAAUUACCAAAUCUAGGAGUUUCUCUCUUCCCCUUGUCUCGAAUUAGGCUUAUUAUGAAGAGCUCGCCAGAUGUAUCAUCGAUCAGUUCUGAUUCUCUAUUUUUGAUUGGAAAAGCAACGGAACUCUUUGUUGAACAUCUAGUAGAAGAAACGUAUACAAAUUGCCCUGAUAAGCAAAAAAUAAACUAUAAUGAUUUUGCCGACGUUGUAAACAAAAACGAGCAAUUGGAGUCUUUUUUACUCGGUUUGAUUAUUUACUAUAAUAUGUGCUAUGGAAUUUCAACCCUUAUUGUAUUUUUGUCUGUCCAUAACAGAUGUAAUACCGAGAAAAUUAAAGUACAAAGAGGUCCUGGAGAUAAGAAAAAAGAUGAAUGA